AGUACUGACAGUAUGUUAUUGCUGACUGGGAUAGACACAGCACAGACCAGAGCUAGUUCGGCAGCAGAAAGGUUGUAAGAAGUCACAGCGUGACCACAAAGCAGCACAAUCUGGAAACAUAAGGGGAACCAGUUGACCAGCAUACACCGAUAAGAUUUCCUGUCUUCAUCUCCACUGACCUCUCCACGAUGACCUCCGAAUACCCCGUGGUUGUGACGGGAGGAUCUGGUUGCUUGGGGCAACACCUCAUCAAACUUCUCCAAACGAACGCUGAUCACGUGACUGAGAUCCGGGUACUUGACGCCAUUCCGUACGAGAACAAACUUGGUCAUAAAGAGACAAAGCCCGUGAUUUCCAAGUGUGGUGACAUCACUAACUCAGACAUACUUCGCCGGGCGUUCAGGGGAGCUAAGUCAGUCUUCCAUCUGGCCAGUCUCGUCAGUGUGGGCAAUUUCCCUGACAACCAGGCUAUGGAGAGAAUCAACGUCAAAGGAACUCGACAGGUGAUAGACGCCUGCAUCAAGGAGGGGGUGGAAUGCCUCAUCUACUGCAGCUCCGUUGAGGUUGUGCUGGGGUACGACGACAUUGUCGAUGGCACCGAGGACAACAUGAAGGCACCCAAGACGUAUUUCCACGAGGGUUAUGCCAAGACCAAGCUCCAGGCAGAGAGUAUGGUACUGCAGGAAAACAACUGCCAGUUGGACACAGGUGGCGUACUCAAGACGGCCGCCCUUCGACCCUACGUCUUCUACGGCGAGUUGGACCGCCAUUACGUCACGCAGCUCUUCAAAUUGGUUAAGAAGACUGCGGGUAUUCUCAUCCAGACAGGUAACGGCAAGGCACUCCAUCAGCACGCCUACGUCGGUAACAACGCCUGGGCCUUCAUCUGCGCCGAGAAGGCUGUCCGUACCAACCCUGCUGCUGCUGGUGAGGCUUACUUCAUCACAGACGACACCCCAGUUAGCGAUAUGUACAGUCAGAUGAUCCCCUUUCUGGCGGAGAAGGGUAUGCGCCUAUCCCCCAUCAGGUUCCCUUUCUGGCUUAUGUUCAUGGUUAUGUACUUGGCGGAGUGUCUGGUGGUUCUCUUGUCCCCCGUUAUCAAAAUCGACAUCGGCGUCACGUCCAGCGCCCUACGUUUCGUCAACACCACCAUCAAACUGAGCAACGUCAAAGCGCGCACCUUGCUCAACUACACUCCCCUGUUCUCUGUGGAGGAGAGCCUCCGCAACGCUCGUGCUUAUUACAGGGACGUUCCAAUAUAGACACGUCAGUCCAUAUAGACACGAACAUCUCCGGACAUGAGAUCAUGUAUACUGCAACCUUCAAUGCAAUAUUCUGAUGUAAACAUCGUGCAAUGUUUCAAUGCAAUACCUUGAUGAUAAAUCAUUCCUUGCAAGAAUCGAUUUUAUUGUCCAUCUAUCUUUUCUUGUAACAUGCAACAUGUUAAUACAAUUUUUAUGUGUUUAAAAUGCAGUUUUCUAUGCAUAUUUUAGAAGAAACCGUUUCUCAGUGAAUAUCAAUGCAAUGCUUUCAAACAUUUUUGUUCAUGCAAGGUUUCUAUGCAUCGUUUAUCAUUAUAAUUAUUUAAUGUAUUUUAUCAAUGCAACAUGUCAAUGCAAGCUUUUCAUGUAUUAUUAUGUUUAUGUUGAUAUGCAGCGCAUGUCACCAAUGCAACUUUGUGAAUCUUAAUAUUUAUGCAGCUAUGCAUGCAGAACCUUGGCGCCUUGUAAAUGUAAUAUUCCAAUGCAACAUUUCAAACAAUUCUUUGUCAGUGUAAAACUUCAAUGAAACAUUUAAAGCAUGUUAUCAAAUAAUUUUUGCCAAAGGCAGAUUUUCAAUAUCAUUUUAUCAUAGAAUCUUUGUCGACAUAACAUUGCUAUGCAACAUAUUUAAAGCAUGUUGUCAAGCAAUCUUUGUCAAAGUAAUAUUUCAGUGCAAUGUUCCAAAGCAUCUGAUCAAGCAUAUUAUAUUCUUUGCGAACUAUCAAUGCAAUUCUGUUCAUGCAAUGUUUAAAUGAUGUAACAAUGCCUCGUUUAUCAUUGUAACUAUAUAUCUAAUAUCUAAUAUACUUUAUCAAUGCAACAUGUCAGUGCAAGUUUUACAAGUACAUGUUUAUGCUGAUAUGCACGCAUAUCACCAAUGCGACUUCGUUUAUCUUAUUAUCUUUAUACAGCUCCAUGUAUACACGCCGGUCCUCGCCGAUACAGUUCACAAAUAAUGUUAUUAAUGCAAAAUGUCGAAAUACGUUUCGAUGAAGAUAUUGCAAUACAGUAUGUUUCAGCAUGUAACUAAAGAAUCUUUGCUAAUGUAACAUUUCAGUGCAACAGUUAAAGAAUGUUAUCAAGCCAUCUUUUUCAAUGUAACAUUUCAGUGCAAUGUUCCACUGCAUCUGAUCAAGCAUCUUAUAUUCUUUGUGAACUGUCAAUGCAAUUCUGUUCAUGCAAAGUUUAAAUGCAUGUUAAAAUGCCUCGUUUAUCAUUGUAACCAUCUAAUGUAUUUUAUUAAUGCAACAUGUCAAUGCAAGUUUUACAUGUACAUGUUUAGGUCGAUUUGCACGCAUCUCACCAAUGCAACUUUGUUUAUUUUAUUAUCUUUAUACAGCUCCAUAUAUACACGCCGGUCCUCGCCGAUAAGUUCACAAAUAAUGUUAUUAAGUCGAAAUACAUUUCGAAAAACAUAUUGCCAUACAGUAUGACAAAGCAUGAAUCUUUGUUAAUGUAACAUUUCAGUGCAACAGUUAAAGUAUGUUAUCAAGCAAUCUUUGUCAAUGUAACAUUUCAGUGCAACAGUUAAAGCAUGUUAUCAAGCAAUGUCUUUCAAUGUAACAUUUCAAUGCAAUAUUUAAAGGCAUGUUAUCAAGCAAUCUUUGUCAGUGUAACAUUUCAGUGCAACAGUUAAAACGUGUUAUAUUAAGCAAUUUUGGUCACUGUAACAUUCUAAUGCAACAUUUCAAUGCAUGUCAUCAAGCAAUCCUUUGUCGAAGCAAGACUUCAAUGCCAUAUCUAAAAUAUGUUAUCAAGCAAUAUCUUUCAAUGUAACAUUUCAAUGCAAUAUUUAAAUCAUGUUAUCAAGCAAUCUUUGUCAGUGUAACAUUUCAGCGCAACUUUUAAAACUUGUUAUCAAAGGGGGGGGGGGGG